UGAGUGCUGCUGAUGAAGAAAGAAAGAACACAACAACAAUAAUAGUGACUUAGAAAAGUAACAGCAGCGACGGCAACAGAAGCUGAUCAUUGCUGAAUUUUGCAGAGCUCUUUGUCUCCUCUCUUCUCUCUCUCUCUCUCUCUCUCUCUCUCUCUCUCUCUGUCAUCUGCCUCUCUACCUCACUUGUGGCCUCAUCGCAGACACAAAAUACAAAAGCUUUGAAGCUCAGAGGUUAACAUAACAAACACACUAACACUACAAAGUUUGAGUCUUUGACACAAAACAACUGAGAUAGCUCAGAGAAAAGAAAAGGGAGAAUGGGAGAAGGAAGAAGAAGAGGGACUUCAAAGCUGAGAGAAGCAGCAAGGAAGGUGGCUGUCGCAGCAGCAUAUGCAUGUGGCUCAUUCUCAAGGAGAAAGGCUUUGCUGGAUCCAGUCUCCAUUGACACCUCUUGUAGUCUAUCUGCCACUGCCUCAAAUUCCUCAUUUUUGUCCCCAUCAACAACAAAAAAUUCUUCAGAGGAGGUAAUGGAAGAAACAUAUUCUUGUAUCACUACCAAUAUCAACAAUGAGCUUCAUAGUAAGAAUUUGUGUGCAAUAUGUUUAGAUCCUCUGAGUUACCAAAGCAAGGGCAGCAGUCCAGGCCAAGCUAUAUUCACUGCUCAGUGCUCUCACGCAUUCCAUUUUGCCUGCAUCUCUUCCAAUGUCCGCCAUGGUAGUGUCACUUGCCCCAUUUGCCGUGCCCAUUGGACCCAGCUCCCACGCAACCUAAACAACAACCUUGGUCCUUUCACUUCUAGUAACCAAAGUGACCCCAUUCUUCGAAUCCUCGAUGAUUCUAUUGCUACCUUCCGUGUUCAUCGCCGUUCUCUCUUGCGCUCUGCGCGUUAUGAUGACGAUGAUCCUGUUGAGCCUGAUGAAACACAUGAGAGUCCAAAGCUGGGUUUCUCUCUUGUGCCUAUUCCACCAAAUGCACCAACCGGUUACCAUCCAGCUUUGCAAGUGACUAAACAUGCCUCAUGUCCUUGCCAUCUAUCCCUUCAUCCUCUAUCUUGCAGUUCCUCAUCACUGUUACAAUCUCCGCCCAUGCAAACACCUUAUAUCAUGUGUCCCUCUUCCAAUAGAGCUUAUCUCUCUGUGAAACUGACCCAUGAACGUGCCACUGACUUGGUCUUGGUUGCCAGUCCCAAUGGACCACACUUAAGGCUUCUCAAACAAGCAAUGGCUCUUGUGGUUUUCUCCCUCAGACACAUAGACCGCUUGGCCAUUGUCACAUACUCCUCAGCCGCAGCUCGUGUCUUUCCCUUAAGACGCAUGACAUCCUAUGGAAAGCGCACCGCCCUUCAAGUCAUCGACCGUUUGUUCUACAUGGGGCAAUCGGAUCCAGUUGAAGGGUUGAAGAAAGGUAUCAAGAUACUUGAAGACCGCGUGCACAAGAACCCGGAGUCAUGUAUCCUGCACUUAUCAGAUAAUCCUACAAGACCAUACCAUGCAGUAAACAUGGAACUGCCAUCUACACCAAUUCAUAGAUUUCAUGUGGGGUUUGGCUUUGGCACUUCUAGUGGAUUUGUUAUACAAGAGUUUGAGGAGUUCUUGGCAAAGAUGCUGGGAGGCAUUGUGCGCGAAAUCCAGCUGAGAAUAUGUGGGGCUGGGGAGGAAGUUGGCAGUGGCAGAGUCAUAAGAAUAGGAGAGAUAAGAGGUGGAAAAGAAAGAAGGAUUCUGUUGGACCUUGGUGAUUUCACUCAUGUGUAUGUGGAAUAUAGCUACAUUGAAGGGGAAAUUGAUGAAUGUGUUAGGAGGACAGGGGAAACUGUUGUAGGUGUUGGAGAACAUAAAGAUGAUGUUUUAGAAAAUGGUGAGGAAACAGUGAGGGAUAUGAACACAGGUGGUGGUAGGAGUAGCAGUGUUGAAAGCUGGGACUUUCAUGAUCCUUACAUGGCCAGAAGAUGGGCCAAGCAUUUGCAUGGUUAUAGACUUUGAAAUUGCAACCAUUAUUUUACAUAGACCAAUGCAUUUCUGAGGCUAUUUUGGUCAAGGCCAUCCCUGCUGUCUUCAAUUUUUAGCUAGACCUGCAAUCGUAUAGAAUUUGAAAAAAUAGACAAUACACAAGAUUAUUUCUUCACACAACCAAGAAAAGAAGGAAAAAGAAAAAGGCACUGUAAAUGAUUUUUCUUUCAAAAAACUUUGGCCAGGGUCCCCAUCAGACAUAUUCUCAAUCUGAUAAUAUUGCAAUUAAAUUUCUUAAUAGCAAAGCUUAAGUCUCACUUGUUUAUUUAAUAUAGUUUUUUUUUAGCAUA